ACGCUCCCCAGUAGUGGGGAGUUUCUUAUUCUGAAGGGGAAGGGCCAUAGCUAUAAUUUCAGAGUCCGAAGCAUAACAGCACAUUUUGUUUUCGUUGUUGUUCGAGCAAGCAGGAAGUGACAGUCAGCAGAAAUCAAAAUCAUGAACAAUUAUCCUGGGAUAUGCUUAGUGUUCUGUUUUGCAAUAUUUGGAUUGGGCUCUGCCAUCCGCUGUGUCAAAUGCCAGGAUUACACAGGGAGCUGCACAAAAACACAGGACUGCAGUUAUGAGGAUGCCUGCCUGACACUGACUGAGAGAGGGGGACAGACAUAUCGGCAGUGCAUCAAGUACUCUGACUGCGACUUCAAUCGACUGGCCCAGACGUUCCCAGCUGUACCAAACUUCAACUUCAAGUGCUGCACCAGUGACCUAUGCAAUGGAGCCACAUCCAUUGGCACUGGCAAGCCCUUGCUGGGCCUUCUGGCCUCAUUGGCAGUGAUGUGGUGGUGUAUGCACUAACCUCUCCCCACACUUACGCCUUAGAAGCUCUAAUGCUGCCUUUCUACUCAACAUAAGCCGCUGAUGGAAUGGCAAGCAGGAAGAUAUGGGCCAAUGGCUCAUGCUGAAAAUAUGCCCUAUUAGUAUUUGCCUGACUUACUGUUGAUCAUUUGUAAUGUAUAAUAUUUAAUUUGACUCUUUGCACUUAAUUUAUUUUUUAAAGCUUUCUAUGAUAACCUAUUUGUUGAUUACCAAUGCUUUGUGCUUCAGCCCAAGGGCUGAAAAUAGGAAACGUGCUCAUGAGUUUGGAAAAGGUAUAUCAUUCAAACAAUCCGCUUUUGAGGCUUGUAAAAUGGACUUUGGCACUUAACAAUUUCCAUCUAAGGCGGUUUGCUCAGAAUUAUGACAGGUAUUGCUCCAUUAGGUUGUCUAUAGUUUGCUGACCAAAGUUACUGUAAUGUGCUUAAAUGUAAGGGAUAAUUUGAGAAAUGUUUGAGUUGUUGUAUGUCUGUGAUUGAGUGAAUUGAAAAUGCAAAUUCUGUAAAAUUCAUGAUGUGGAAUUUGGAACUAAAGGUCAUUUUGGGUGAUACAUUUGUUCACACGCAAUGCCUUCACUGCUCUUGUAAUGCGUAGCGGCAUACCCUGUUAGAGAACAUAACUUUGCCUGUUUUAUAGGAGUCUAUUAAACCAACCUGUCUUUUUUUAAAGGGCACUGUAUAGACCUUUUUGGAUUAAAUAUUUCACAUGGAUGGUGUUAUCUUUUUUUCAUUUUAAUCUCUGGCCAAUAAAUAAGAUAUUGCCAAAAAAGCCAUA